UCAAUUUUUGAUGUUGUUUGUUAAUAGGAAUCGUAUUCGGCUGAGCCAGAGACUCAGUUAUUGAGGUUUAUGGAUUACGUUGGGAGAGAACUUACACAAGUGCGAUUUCCAUGGCUGAAGAUGUUUCCUUUCAAGGGUCCUUGGCCCAAGCUUAUCGAUGUGAUCAAUGUUCCAGUGUGUGAUAUUCCUGAACCUAUCUACAAAACAUCUGUCGAUUGGAUCAAACAAGUUCCAGUAAUGACACUCUCUGGCUUCAUUGUGUGGGCGUUUCGCUGCACUCUCACUCAUUUGGAAGCACAACAAGAAGGUGUCAAUUCUGGCAAGAUUGGUGAACAACCUACUUCUCCCAAACCUCAUGUGGUAGUAUUUGUUACAUUGGCAAUGGUAUUACGUACAAGACCUGAAACUUUUACUUUUGCAUUGCGGACUAUUAGGCAGAGGCGUAUGUUUCAAGGACAGGACAAGAUUCCGUUUACAGUUUGGAUGAUGGCUCAGGCCUCCCAGGGUUAUUUAUGUGCAGGCUUGCUUUCAUGGGCGCAUAACUUGUUACCAGUAGUCAGUAAUUCGGACUGCAACCCUCAGUCAAGGGAUCUCAUCCUGCAGUUGGUUGAGAAAAUUUUGUCGGAUCCAAUGGCUUGGACAAUGCGUAGGAAUCAAGCUAUUAGGGAGAGAGAGCGACUGAUUCCACCUCCUUCAUUUGAGAUCUUGCUGCGGCUUACAUUCCCUGCUUCAUCUGCAAGAGUCAAAGCUACAGAGAGAUUUGAGGCAAUUUAUCCCUCACUGAAAGAAGUGGCUCUUGCCGGUGCACCAGGAAGCGAGGCAAUGAAACAAGUCAUUAAACAGAUAUUCACUUUGUCUUUGAAAUUAGCUAAAGAAGGAAAUCCUACUUUGGCCAAGGAAGCUACAGAAAUCGCUAUCUGGUGUGUGACCGAACAUGUUGAUUGCUGCGAGCACUGGGACAAUCUCUAUAUGAGGAAUCCAGCAGCUAGUGUUGCUGUUCUAAAAAAGCUUGUGGACAAUUGGAAGGAUCAUUCCCUCAAAAUAUUUUCAUCACCGAGAAAUACUCUCACUCUCGGUCAAACUAUGAAGAGCUUCAGGCUGGAAAACCAAAAAGCCAUCACUGAAGGAGGAGCGAAUGUUUCUCUUUACAAAGAAGCUGACAAGUACUGCAAAUUGAUCUCGCGGAGACUCUCCUACAACCAUUACUGCCUCAAAGCUACUGCUGUGGUUCUAGCUGCUGCAGGAGCCACUGCUGCAGUUGUUCUAUCUUCCAACAUGGAGCUUAAGAACCUGGUGAACUCAUUGGAUCUGCACCUAUACCUCAAUGCAAUCACCACAGCUUUUAACAUCUAAGAGAGAAAUAUCUGAUACAAGCAGUGAGGGCUUUGAGAUUAUUAUCUAUAUAAGCUAAUGUCUUAACAUCUUUCUAGUAGGAGUAUUUAAAAACACAAAAUAUUUUAGUAUAUGACAGUAAUUUGCAUUUUGACUUUGAUGAACUGAGAUCCUACGAUCAAAUCAAGCCUGGUUUUUUUUUUU